AUGGAGAAAGACCCAGGUUAUGUAUUGGUUCGGGAUAUGCACGCGUCGAUUCGGCUUAAUCUGCAGCAUUAUCUCUGGAAAGAGGGGCUCGGGUAUCUUUUGCACCCGUCAAUCCCUACCCCGCUACCUGAGUCGAAAUAUCGAAUUGCUGAUCUAGGAACUGGUACCGGGAUCUGGCCUUUGGAUCUCGCUCGGCAACUCCCUCCCACAGUCCAACUGUAUGGAUUCGACAUCUCCUCCGCCCAAUAUCCACAUUCAGAUUACUUACCCUCGAAUGUGAAAUUAGAAGUUCUGGAUAGUCUUCAAGUUGAUCCUCCUGAAGAGUUGUUAGAGAGUUUUGAUAUCGUGCAUUUACGUCUUUGGCUUGGUGUUGUGAUGAAUGGGGACCCGAGUGCAAUUCUUACUCACGCGUUGAAAUUGUUACGUCCGGGAGGAUAUGUUCAGUGGAAUGAAAUUGAUCCUAACCGGGGUAUUGCUGAAGGACCAAAUGGUGAAGAGUCACCGCAUGUCAUUAAGGUUCUUAAUGUGCAGGCAAACAUCAAAGAUCACAGAUGGAUUCCAACCCUCCCUAGAUUAUUUGCACAAUAUAAUCUAGAAGAUAUCAAGGAGGAUUUUGCAUUCGAACAACCAUGGCAGACCAAAAUGGUGGGAGAUGGGUCUUGUGCUGUUGUACAUGAGAUGGCGAAUAAUGGGAGCCCGUUUGUUGUGGAAAAGUUGGAGAGGGUGGGUGUGGAUGUUCCGAAGGCGUAUGAGGAGGUUUGUGGAGGCGCCAGACUUACGCAGCCAUUUUGUGUGACGGUUGGGAGGAAACCAAUUAAGAUGAGCGUCUGA